AUGUUGGAUUCGUGCCAAAAUUAUUCGAAAAUUAAAAAUAUAAAAGAAAAAAUAAAAAGUACCUCCAAUGAUGACGGUGAGAAUCUUGAAUAUGGGGACUCCGAUGGCUAUGAACUUGAGGGCGAUGCAUCAUCAAGCUUUUCAGGCAGGAAUCUUUCAUUGAAGAAAUUGGCUUUCUUAAAGGAUCCAUUGGGAAAGGGUGUGGAUAACUUCAAUUCCUCUCAUCUCAAUGAGUUAUUUGAGUGUUGCAUCACUCAUCUAAGUGCCGAAUUGGGCCGAAUAAGAACUGGUAGAGCAACGCCAGCUUUAAAUGCGGUUGAUCCACCUUUUGUUGUACAUGUAAAAGAUCCGAUUACCCUUCUGGUUCCUAUUCCCAAGCUGGAUGAUACCUCUAAAGCUAUUCUCUCAAAGCAGGCUAGCGCUAUUGGAGAAAGAUGCAAAAUGAAAAUACGCACUUGCAGAAGAACUGCUUUAUCUAGCUGCGAUUUUGUGUCAAAGGAGGAAAUAAAGCGGCUAGAGAAGGAUAUUCAAAAAGCACACGAUAAAUUCAUCGAAAAAAUCGACAAACUUGUCAUGCAAAAGAAAAAUGAAAUUAAAUUGGCUUAA